AAGUUGGUAGGAAGUCAUUCAAUAUUGAAAUGCAUCUGGUUGAUCUUUCAUCUUUGUAGUGCCUCAAAUGUUGUGAGCAUUCAUCUUUUAGUAUGAUUGUGAUGCAUUGAUGAAAAUUGUGGCUCAAGGUCAUCCUUAAUUGUUCAUUGAAUCUCUUUGCUUUGGAGAGUCGACAUAGGUGAACUGAAUUCAUUUAAUAAAAGAAUCUGACUCUUGUUAUAUUAUGGUGAGAUAAUUUAUUUAUAUACAUUUCAUGUUGUGAGCAUAACGUUGUGUAUCCCUUUCAGAUUAUUAUCAUAUGUGAAUUCUUCUUAUCAGGUGGAGGACAAUGUUUGGUAUUUCUAUGGUUCCAUCCAUUCUAUUAGCAGUUGGGAUGGCAAUAUCUCCAGAAAGUCCACGUUGGCUUUAUCAGCAAGGGAAACUUCCAGAGGCUGAGAGAGCUAUUAAAACACUCUAUGGAAAAGAGAGAGUAGCAGAAAUUAUUCAAGACUUCACAGUGGCAAGUCAAGGUUCUGUAGAACCUGAAGCAGGGUGGUCUGAUCUGUUUAGUAGCCGCUAUUGGAAGGUUGUUAGCAUUGGUGCUGCACUUUUCCUGUUGCAGCAGUUAUCUGGGAUUAAUGCUGUGGUAUAUUACUCGACUUCAGUAUUUCGUAGUGCUGGAGUUGCUUCUGACAUUGCAGCUAGUGCUCUUGUUGCAGCGGCAAAUGUCUUCGGCACGACUAUUGCGUCUUCUUUGAUGGACCGCCAGGGUCGGAAAAGUCUUCUGACCAUUAGCUUUUGUGGAAUGGCUGCAUCUAUGUUGCUGCUCUCUCUUACCUUCAGUUGGAGUGCCUUGGCUCCCUAUUCCAGCACUCUAGCAGUCCUUGGGACUGUGCUCUAUGUAUUAUCUUUCUCGCUUGGGGCGGGUCCAGUCCCUGGCCUUCUUUUACCAGAAAUAUUUGCCUCGAGAAUCCGAGCGAAAGCUGUUGCUUUAUCUUUAGGAACUCAUUGGAUCUCAAACUUCUUCAUCGGCCUCUAUUUCCUGAGCUUCGUAAACAAGUUUGGCAUCAGUACAGUGUACUUCGGAUUUGGCUUCGUCUGUUUGCUUGCUGUAUUGUAUGUAGCUCGUAAUAUCGUUGAGACAAAGGGGCGGUCGCUGGAGGAAAUAGAGCAAAUUCUUAGUGCCACAGCUUGAAGAAUUUAAACUAGAAAGCACUCGGCAAUAAGUUUGAGUCUAGAUUUGAGUUUCCAUCCGCUCAACCUCUGCAGAUGGUAUGCCCUUUUCUCUGAUUUGUACCAUCAAACUUCAUUUUUUUUUUUCCUUUUGGGUAUCAAGGCGUGAAUGUUGAUUGUUCAUAUUUGUAGCAUUAGCUGGAAUUUAGGGAAUAAAGAACGUUUGGACUCUGUCUUUUUGAACCAUCUAAUUGAAUAAGUUGUGAUGCUGGAGAAGUAGAAUGUUCAGAAUUAAGUUCUAUUCAACUCUCAGAUCUGAAGCAAAUAUGCAAGAAAACAUUCUAGCUAAAAA